AUGCUUGUGCUCGACGCGACGCCAUGGGCAGUGGUGGUGGCGCUGCUCGCCGCCGCCGUCGCGGUCGCCGCAGCGGGCGGCUCCUGCCUGGCCGCCGCGCUGGCAUCCCGGGUCGCCCGGCGGCGCCGCAGCGCCGCGGCAACGGCGCCCAACGGCAAGGCGCUCGAUCGCGGUGACAUCAACGGUCAUCAUGGUCUGGAUGGGCCAGCGGAUGGCGCCGCGUGGCUGCGUGUGUUCGGCAUCCGCGCCAAGCAGCAGAAGCAGCAGCAGCAGCAGCAGCAGCAGGGCGGCGCGGCGGCGCUUUUGAGGGAGGCCAAGGGGGGGCCAUUCUUGGUGUCGCACCCGGUGGCGCUAGACGGCAGCGAGGACGACGGCGAUGGCGUCGACGUGCCAUGCCAUGCGUGCGGCGCCGGAACCACCCCGCACGCCCAGCAGCAGCAGCAGCAGCAGCAGCAGCAGCAGCAGCAGCAGCAGCAGCAGCAGGACGGCGCCGGCACCUCGCCUGCGCCGCCCCCCGCUCCGCCCGCCCGCGCGUCGCUCGCGCGCCGCGCCCGCGGCCGCGCGUCGGCCGCCGCCGCGGCUGUCGCAAAGGCGGUGGACGACGCGCUCGCGCUCAUAGCGUCGCUGCCGCGCACGCUGCGCACGCUGGGGUGGGCGCGCCUGAUGGAGGUCUGCCGCUACAACGGCGGCGUGUACGUGAAGACCGGCCAGUUUGCUGCGGCGUUCAGCUCUGUGCCGAACGAGUACCGGAAGCACUUGGCGCUGCUGCAGGAGAGAGGCCCAGCUGCGCAUGCGAAGGGCUCGGUCGCACUCGGCAAGGCGGAGCGCUGA